GGUCAACAGCGUUAAUUCAGGUUAAGCUGGUUGUAUCCUCCCUUCUGUAUCUGUUUUCAGUCGUUCUCCAGACUUGGUACGGUGAGCAAUGUGAAUAAAGUUAUACAAGGAGACGCUAAAAUAACACAUAUUUGAUAGAAAACAUUCUAAAGUUCAAGUUAAUAAACAUUUAUUUGUGCAAUUGUAUUCUUUUUAGUUAUAGUUUUGAGUUUUUUGUUAUAAUCCGGUUUGAUUUGGCAUUUGAAAAUGUUACAACAAAUUCUCAAAGAUCUUUACGUUGACCCAGAAAUCUUAAUAGAACUCGACGAUCAACAAAAACAAACGUUAUUUUGUAAGAUGCGAGAAGAACAAGUUCGGAGAUGGAAAAUUUGGGACGAAGAAAUCAAUAAAAACCACCCACAAAAGACAAAUAAAGAUAAUAAAAACCCGUGUAAAAAGAAACAAGUAAAUUUUUUGAUAGGAAUUGAUGGUGAACCUUGGGUUUGGGUAAUGGGCGAACACGAAAACGAUAAAACGAUUGAGGAAAUUCUUCGAGAUGAAGCGUUAGAUAAAGCAAGGAAAAUCGCCGAAAAAGAAGCCGAAGAACUUCGUAAACAAGUUGAAGCGAAUAUUGAAUUAGAAUUAAUCGAUCUAACGCCAAAAAUCGAAGAUAAUGUUGAUAUUUAUUGUUCUGUCGAUGAGUUAAGAGAAAAAAUGAAAAAACCUGCUAAAAAUGCAUGUAAUAAUUACAGUAUAAAUCGAUAUCAAAAUAAAAAUAAUAAGAUUAAUUUAAUGGAUAGGGACGUUUUACAAGAAAUUACUUUAAAUAAAAAUAAAGUCGCUCAAAGGGUCGCGUUGUGGGAGAAACGGAUGACCGAAGAGAGAACUUGCGAAAUUCUUAAAAAAAUGGAAAAGAAACAAAUGGAAGCUGUUCGAGAAGCGGAGGAAGCAGAGAAGAAACACGAAGCUUUAUGGAGAGAACAAGAAAGAAAAGCUAAACAAGCCGAACAACAAAUCAGAGAGAUUGCAAGACGGGCUAGAGAAGAACACCGAUUAAGUUCAAGCAAUUCGAACAAUUUAGAAUUAGAUACAAACUGUUAUAUUACUCCGGGGGUCCCACCUAAUAGACAUGCGGUUAUUGAUUGGUACAAAACUAAAGAAAUACCCAGAAAUGCUGGGUUAGAUUCAUCGAAUAAACCGUUAAAUUGGUUUCAUGGUUUAAUUACAAGAAAAGAAGCGGAAUCGUUAUUAUUAAAUCAACCGGAUGGGGCUUUCCUCGUAAGAUUAUCAGAAAAAAUUUGGGGUUAUGCAAUAUCAUACAAAGCAAAAGAAAAGUGUAAACACUAUUUAGUUAAUGCGAAUCAAAAUUAUUCAUUUUUGGGUACUAAUCAGAUUGAGCAUAAAAGUUUAAUCGAUUUGAUUAAUCAUCAUUAUGAAUACGCGUUAACGGGAGGCGAAAAGCUUCGAAAUCCGUGUCCUAAAUGCAACAACGAAGGAUUCAAAGAGAUAUUUUGAGUGAAUAUUCUGUGAUUAAUAAUGAUUUUUAUUUUUUGACUGCUUAUUUUUUUGUAUUGUUUUAUUAAUUAAAAAGAUUUUUUUACAUA